UAACGUAGAUAACAUCACGAUUAUUAAUGGGUGGUAGGUGAAACGGACUUUCUGGCUGUGUGCAUUUUAAUAACAGGCUUGUUUGCUGCGGGUUGUCGGUCCUGUGCUGCUUAGUUUAAAAUUGCGUCAAAUUAAAAGAGAACUGUCUGCACCCCAGGUUAAUAAGAGUUACGUGUGGUCUCUCGAACCUAUUUUUCGGAGCUAUUAUUGAUGUAAAGAGCCGCGCUUUCAAACACUGAGAUCGACUGGAAAGCGUACAUGGAAGAGGUGGAAGGAGUCAUCAAUGGCACCUACGACUAUACCCUACUUAAAGGAGGCACCGGCCCUUUGGUGUACCCAGCUGGUUUUGUAUACAUCUUCAUGGCUCUGUACUACAUAACUGGCCACGGGCUGAAUAUCCAGAUGGGGCAGUGUCUGUUUGCUGCUUUUUACCUAGUCACUUUGCUGCUGGUCUUCCGUAUCUACCACCGAACCCAGAGGGUGCCUCCCUAUGUCUUCUUCUUCGUCUGCUGUGCCUCCUACCGCAUCCACUCCAUCUACGUUCUGCGGCUCUUCAACGACCCGGUGGCCAUGAUGCUGCUGUUUGGUGCCACCAACCUCUUCCUGGAAGGCCACUGGACCCUGGGCUGCGCUUUCUACAGUCUGGCCGUGUCGGUGAAGAUGAACGUGCUCCUCUUCGCUCCUGGGCUCCUCUUCCUUCUCCUCUGGGAGUUUGGCUGGCAGGGGACCCUUCCCCGGCUGAGCCUCUGUGCCACUAUACAGUUGCUGCUCGGCCUGCCGUUCCUCCUCGCAAACCCCGUGGGCUACGUCAGCCGCGCCUUCGACUUGGGACGCCAGUUCCUCUUUAGGUGGACCGUCAACUGGCGCUUCCUCCCGGAGGAGAUCUUCCUGAGCCGCUAUUUCCACCUCAGCCUGCUGGGGGCGCACCUGCUGACCCUGCUGCUGUUUGCACUCCUCAGGUGGAAAAGGCCCGGAGAGAGCAUCACGGCGCUGCUGAAGGACCCGUCCAAGAGGACGCAGCCACAGAAGCUGAGUCCUGACCAGAUCAUCAGCAUCCUGUUCACGUCCAACUUCAUCGGCAUGUGCUUCAGCCGCUCGCUGCACUAUCAGUUCUACGUGUGGUAUUUCCACACCCUGCCCUACCUACUGUGGAGCGGGGGGGUGAAGAAGCUGGCCCACCUGCUUAGGGUUCUGAUCCUGGGGCUGAUCGAGCUGUGCUGGAACACGUAUCCGUCCACGGUGUACAGCUCAGCUGCCCUCCACGUGUGUCACCUUUUCAUCCUGCUGUCCCUGUGGUUGGCCCCUCGGGAGGGUGGGGAGAAGCCCAAACGGCCCUGAGCGGGAACCUGCCCUUUACUCUUCCUGCGUGGUGAGACAUGGGUUGACUGGUGGUGUGGGUGUCAUUCUUAAGCAUCAAUGAGGCGUGUCUGCCUCUGGCCCCGCCCAUCCCCCCCCCCCCCCCCCCAUGGAUCUUAUGGGGGCUAGCGUACACGGCGUCCUCUUCCACUUCCUGCCGAUAGUCAUACUGGUACCCAGGGAACCCCCUGUUCACACAGACGAGGAAACGAGGAUGACAGGAAGUUCUCAGGUUUUACAAACUGACUCUCGAAGGCGGCCAAUAAAACUAGGAAGUAUUUUGUGUGGUGGCUUAAGAAUGAGUAUGUAUGUUAUUUUAUUUGGAUGUUUACAUGGUUUGUCUGUUUGGUUAAGUUAGUACAGUAGUAAUGCAAGCCUGGUCCUCUUAGUUUUUCAUGAAUCACGUUAGCCAUCUGCGCUGGGUAACGGGUACCGUUUUACCCUUGUAAGGGUAGGUUUGGUGCAAGGGUACAACAGCAGGAACCGAAAUUCCCUACCAAGCAGAUUGCCUUGCCAUUUUUGCGGCUUCUGUCAGGUGCAGGUCAGUGGCUCAAGGGAUUCGCUUUUUGUGAGCUUAUAGUGCGUGCUGCAGUCACGUCAUCGGGGGGCAGGGAACUGUGUGACCGUCAUGCUCAGAGCAGGAGGAAGCCUCCUCAUUACUGAACACUGAUGGUGAUAGACUGUGAAUUGCCAAAAUGACUUCACAUGGAAGUUUAAGUGAUGCGUUUUUAAAUUAAUCUAUGCAGUGUUAAGAAUGAUUGCUGUAUAUGUAAUAAAAUCGGCAUUCAGCAGA